GAAAGGGUAGGGCCAAAAGAUGAAUGCUCAUCUAAACAACACAGAAAAUGAAAAUUCCCCAAUCUAAAAACCCACUAGGAAGAUAAUCACCUUGAGCCCUUGACACUACAAAUAUAAUUGUUAAUUUCCACCUUUUUUUUUUUUUUUUUUUUUUUUUUUUUCCUUUUCAGCUAUUGAAUUCCUUGCCUAUUUGAAGUCCUGCAUCCUUAAAGCAUCAACAAGGUGACUACGACCUUUCAUGGGAAAAACUCCAACACAGAGAAUUUUCACUCUCGUCCCACAUUGUACUCCCUAGUUUAGUAUCAGUUUGUCAACAAUAAGGAAACUUCCUCUUCCUUCUUUGGUGCCAUCCUAAUUGAAUUCUCAAUAAAUUCCCAUGCCACCUUAUACACCAUAAUCAUACAUUCUACCAAUUUAUCAAAGAUUUUUUAAAUUAAGCUUGAUCCCAGUUGGUUUAGCAACAAAUGAGUCACACUCCAGGUGCCUCCUUCAACAUUGGCAAGGAGGCCAGAGAUCUUCUCUACAAAGAUUUUGCUUAUCAACCGCCCGUGCGGUUUGAUUAUCGAAGCCUCAACUGGAACAGUGAUGUUUCAUGCAAAGUUAAACUGAUUGCUCCUGGCCUCAGCACCCUCUUCAGUUUUACCAUACCAGAUUAUGGCAGGGUGGAGCUGCAAUAUGAAAACCCUUUUGCUGGGAUUGCUGGAGGAAUGGGACUGAUACGAAAUUCUUCCAAUACAUAUGAUCCAGUUGCAAACUUCUCUGGUGUGGUAGGCAUAGGAGGCAGUUCUCUGUUCACCAUUGGAGCUGACCUUGCCGUUGACAUAGCUACGGGGGCAUUUGACAAUUUCAACGCUGGUUUGAGCUUCAAUAGUGCCUUUGCUACUGUUUCCUUGUCCUUGGACAAGCUUGAUACUUUAAAAGCUUCAUGGUACCACAUGGUGAACCCCCUGACCAACACAGCCCUAGGAGCAGAGUUGAAACAUAGCUUUUCAACAAAUGAUACUGCCCUCGCGGUCGGUGCCCGGCAUGCAUUUUUGCCCUCUACGCUGGCGAAGGCUCGAGUUAGCACGCACGGCAGCGUUGGUGUUGUUAUACAGCAAGGAUUCUGGCAAAAGAUCUUUAUGUCUAUAUCUGGAGAGGUGGAUUUUGUAGGCAUGAACAAAAGUCCAAAAAUUGGACUGUCUCUGGCUGUUAGGCUCUAAAGGAACACUAUUUGGAAGCAAAUUUUGCUGGUGCUGCAAAUUGUUAUUAUCAUGUUCUGAUUAUUUUUGGAUUUGUAUUAGUUUUUAUGAGGUCAAUAGUGGAGAAAAUGAAGGGAAAAAUAUAUAAAAUCCGAUGAAAUUCAGUACUGUAUGAUAGAAAUAAAUCUUCUCUCUAUUUCAGGAUGAUUAUGGGUUAUGCCA